UCAGAAAUGGGAGGAGGUCAAUCUCAUGAACAAAUCCGACAAGAGUAUCAGGAACGACGCGAGGACCGACUAGAAAGAAAAGAAAGAGAGGACAAGCAGGAAAGAAAAGAAACAGAGAAGAUUGCAAAUGCAGAAGAAGAAAGAAAAGCCAGACUGUCCCUUGAUAGAGAAAGAAUGAAAAUGGAACAGGAUAAAAACGAGAAGCUUGAAGCUGCCCGAAUGGAGAAGGAAAAGAAAGAGCACGAGCUUCAAGUAAAGGAGAUGGAAAACGAAAGAAUCCUGAAAGAGGAAAAAGUCAAGUUAGAGCUUGCUAAGAUAAGUCGGGAACGUGAAGUUGCACUAGAAAGGUUGAGGUUAGAGGAAGCUGAGAAGAUCAGAAAGGAAAAGAGAGAAAAUACACUGGAGGAUACUAAGGUCCGAAAUGAAUUUAAUCUCACAAAAGCAACUCUUGAAACCGAAUUCAAAAUCGAGAAAGCUAAAGAAGAAAACAAGCUUGAAAUUGUAAAGAUCGAAGCAAGCAAAGAAUUAAAAAUGGCGACAAUGUUAGAAGAACAGCUGAAAAGGAAAGACGACCUCGCCAAAGAGGAACAAAAGAAUGAGAAGAGAAGGAUGAAGUUAGAGGCCGAAGUCAAACUGAGAGAUGAUGAAAUUAAACGUUUCACACUUAAAGGAAUGAAUUUAUAUGUUCUAAACAAAUUUUGGUCUUGGUGUUUUUCAAUACAGGGUGGCCUACGAAACAUGACAGGACUAGGGGUUAUUUAG